CCCACCAGCCUGGGAGCCGAGCACAGCGACCGUCCGUCACGUGGCACUGCGGCCAUGGGAGCCUGGAGGCGGCAGCCUAGCUCGGGCGCCCAGCACUGUGGCAGGCCCGGGGGCUCCCGGCCUUCCUCCCCCGGUCCACGGACAUCUGACAGACUGUGCGGGGCAGACGCCCGUAACCCGACCAGCAAUAACGCGGACCUGCAGGAGGGGCGGGGAGAGGAAAGCCCCCGCCCUCGGGUCGCCCCUUCCCUCCCCUGGGCCCUGUUUCCUUCCGUGUUCCUACCUCUCAGGCCAGCCCAAAGUGUCUUGACGGGGGAGCGGCCCUCCUCGGCGCUCACCCGCGACGGGGCACACUCCUUGCUCGGGGUCCGUGCUCUGGUCACCCUCCUUCCCUUCCGCCAAAGCCUUUGCGGCAGCCGGAGUGACCGGCCUCGCGGAAGCCGCUCUCCCGACCCCGGCCGCAAGGCGUUGCUUCGCAGGCGCGGCGUCCGACCGCUGCGCUCCCGCCGGAGGCCCGGAAUCGGCCCGGAAUCGGCCCCUGAGAACGUGUGCGUCUUCCUUCGCGCGCGCUCUCACCAGACGUGUGGAAGCCCGCCCCGACGAUUUCUGCCGAUUUCUGCCUUUCGCUCGCUACGGGGGUCGCUGCGGGGGUUGAGGCGCUCAGGCUUCCGCCGAGGAGAGGGGAGGGAGCGCGGGGAAGCUGCGGACGGGAGGCGCGCUCGGGCAUCACAUGGUCACCUAAGGGGAGCCCCUGGGCCUCUGGCUCCCAUUAGAGUUUACGAACACAAAUCCCAGACCUCAAGAAAGGAAUGAACUCGGGGGUCUGUAAUGUGGGUGUGGGGGUGCUCCGUGCUGCCCUGGCGCGCGCUGUCUGCUCGGGGGACCUCGGGCCUCCCUUCCUGCCUCCGCCCCGUGCAGGCCCCCAGGGCUGCCUCAGUGGGACCAGCCCCCACUUCACCUGACCAGGGAGGCCCCCUUGGUUGGCAGGGCUGUGUUGAUGUGACUCUAGUUUCUUCGUCAUGUCGCCAGGGUGGGGCUCUGUCAGCAGUUACGGGCCCCGGGGGUCAGGUGGCCUGUGCAGCAGAGGCGGGCGGAGAGGGAAGUGUGCACCCUGUCCUUUGCCUGCUCUGUAAUGAAGUUCAGUCCUGAUUAGUCCCUGAGAGAAGAGGUGACUCGACUGAGCCGUCGGUCCCUGUAACGAGAAGUCUGGCAUCCGAGAUGCUGGGGCCGUGUUCGCGGGGCCGGUAGUGCUGCGUUCGGUAAGACAGAACCAAGGCCGAUCAUGCCAGAAGAUGAGAUUGGGAGAGUCACGUAUUUUUAACUUUUUGUCUAAGAAAAAAGUGUUCCAUUAUCGUUGGCCAGAUUAUUUUUCUAACGGUUUUUAUUUUAGCUUUAAAGAUGGGCCGUGCAGUCCAGCGGCCUUGAGAUGUUGUAGUGAGACACCCAAGGGCACAGUUAGGUGAACGCAGGGAGCUCCCGUCACGUGCACGGCGGCCUCUGCUGCUCCGGGAGAUGGGCCUGCUGGUGAGGCCGCGCCUCCGGACUCGGGUCCAGCAGCGACCGGGGACUCUGUCCCUCCCUCUCUCAAUCUGUCCUGACUUACUCCAUGGGUAAAUUGGGUAGGUUUACGGGGGCGUAUUUUUAAUGCCUAGAUUUUGGCAACAAAGGAAGAAAACUUUUUUAAUUCUUGUUACACACACACACACGAGUGUGUUGCACAAAGAAAUGUAUUUAGAAUACCAGUUUCUACGCGGUGCAUGUCAUUUUCCCAGGCAGAGUAGCGAAGGGGACUUGGAAGUCCAAAACUGGAAACCACUUACCUUAACGCUGGUGAGCUAGUAUUUUGUAAAACAGUCCUCUUCUGCCCCCGACCCCCUGUCUGGUUAGUUUUGUACACUUUGGUACCACACUUUAUAAAUGCGUAGUCCUAACUCCCGUGUACCCGCAAACACAAAGGAGGGUCAGGGACAUGCGGAAGUGCUUGUUGGUGUUGGAAAGGACAUGAAAUGGAACCUGUCUUUUGAUCUGUGUGUUUUCUCUGGAUUUACCUGGCUCUGCUGGCGAGAACCGUGUGUUGACGAUCGGUCUGUACUUCUGUCUGCAGUGUGUCCGUCACAUCCAAGCCAAGUCCAAUAAACAAAACCUCUCUUUGCACUCA